UGAAAAGAAACCGCCCAUCACACACCCCAGCACACCAGCGCAAGGAACUUAUAACCUCGGGAGGCCAGCCCUCCCCUCAGUGCGGUCACAGACCUCCAGAAGAGCAGACGCCUGCCACCAGCUGCUGUCACCCAGGCACCUCGGUCGCUGGACCCUCAGAACUCUCUUCACUCCCAAGCCAUCAAAAAGCCAAGAUGUUGGUGUUACUGGCGAGUAUCUUUGUGGUCCACAUCGCCACCGUCAUCAUGUUAUUUGUUUCCACCAUUGCCAAUGUCUGGAUGGUUUCAAAUGCUGGAACAGGAUCAAUAGGUCUUUGGAAAAACUGUACUUCCUCUGUUGUCUGUGAGGAUUUGCUGUACAGCGGAGAAGAUGCCCUCAAGGCAGUGCAGGCCUUUAUGAUCCUGUCCAUCAUCUUCUGCGUCAUCUCCCUCGUGAUCUUCGUGUUCCAGCUGUUCACCAUGGAGAAGGGCAACUGCUUCUUCCUCUCCGGGGCCACCAUGCUGGUGUGCUGGCUGUGCAUCUUGGUGGGGGCCUCUAUCUACACACAUCACUAUGCCAGCCCUACAAAAGGGAACGGGGACAGUCACCACGGCUACUCCUUCAUCCUGACCUGGAUCUGCUUCUGCUUCAGCUUCAUCAUCGGCAUUCUCUAUCUGGUCCUGAGAAAGAAAUAAGGCUGAACACGUUAUCGGGGAUCUGGGGGGUGGGGUGGGGAGGAGGGGGUCCUUGAAUCUGGGAGAGGAGUGGAAGUUGCUAAGCAGGAAAAACCAAGAGAGGGAAUUGGGGGGAGGGGCAGGCAGGGGGGAGGGGCUGAAACCCAAACAUGACAGAGGGGGUCCUGUACUGUGCAGCCCCUGCCCCGCGAGAAAGCCGUGGGCUGGGCUGGGUGCUCCCUGGAUGCAGGCCAGAGGGCCUCCCUCCAGCCUCCAGCCUCCAGCCUCCAGCUACAUACACUGCCUGGGGCCCCAGCAGCUGCCACAUUGCUGGCUCCACUUCCGAGGGUGAAUUCAGUCUUCAGACCCACUGCUCCUAGUUAACAUAGCGGUACAAGUUCCGGCAAGGGCAGAUACUGUUCCUGUGCAGAAUACGCCAGGCUUGGAAGCCAUCCUGCCCUUCUGACCCAAAGCAAAACAGCACCAUCUGAAGGGCCCUGUGGGAGGACUUUGGCCAGUGAGCCAUUAUCCCUCGUUGGAACAGAGAUUUAGCUCCGUGGUAUUUGUGACAAAAUGGGAGGAAGAGAGAUAGUGAUUAAGGCUAAGUUGGUGGGUUAGCUAAACUGAGAAAGAGAACUUUUCACAGUGGAAGGCCUGGGGCGUGGUCAGAACCCAGACUAGACCUCACACAGCUGUCCCUCGUGGAGACCUCUUGCUACAGACUUGGCUUGGCCUCUCCUUUAAAGCCAAGGCGGCUCUCUGGAGUUUCUGUAAAGCCACUAAAGACCAAUUCAGUGGUGGAAGCACCACACAAAUUAUGGGAAAAAGGGACAGUCUUAUAGCAGGGUUAUGUUAGAGUCAUGUUAUUAGGAACCUCUCUCCAUGCAAUCAAUGUUUGUCUUAAGUAUAUAACGUGAGAGAGAUGGACAGAGACCCGUGCAACACAAUCUGUUACUCUCCCUCUAAAUUAUGCACUUUUGAGGAAGUU